AUGAAAAAACCAUUCACUAAGCGAAAAGUAAAUUUUUGGCUUGAAGAGUCAGUUUUCAACUCAACAAUCGCCAUGAAUAAUUUAUGGGGAAGUAAGGCAGAAAGGGUGUUAAUGACAACAAAGACUCUUUCGCUUAUUUUUCCCGCCUGUAAUUGCUUAUUUCAACAAAGAAUGAAAAAGGAGACCAAGUGA